UCCCUCUCCGUCCUGCCCUCACCCCCAGCUGCCUCUUCUCAAAGACCCUUCCCCUCGGCUCUCUGAGCAUUCUGCAUUCCAGGAAAGAGAGGGAGGGGAGGAGGGCUGACCUCAUUUGUUACUGUUGAUUUAACCUGAAGAAGAGGCCUUAGCCAGCUUUGGUCACCCUGGGGUUGUGAGCAAAUUGUCUUUCCAAAUGGAUCAAACCCUGGGGGAGUCAGGGCUGUGUUGCUCUGGUUCUCUGCUGCUUCCUAGGGCCUGGCCUAUGUCUUGAAAGUUGAGCAGAGUUUCCCAAGGGAGGGCAACAAGUGGAUGAACCACAGAAGCAAAGGGGGUGGGGAAAAGUAGGUGCUGGAAAGGGGGAUUAGUGUUUGGCUAAAACAGAGUAUUUUUUUAGAGGUAGAUAUUGCUUAAAUGCUAAAUGUGGCUUAAUUGCUAAGCUACAUACAAUUUGGCCAGCAAUUCCACUUCUAAGAGUUUAUCCAAAGGACUGCACAAAAUGCACAUAAGUGUGUCUACCAGGAUAGUAAUCAAAAAGAGCAUUGUUUUAGGGAUAGGUUGUAGCUCAGCUGUGGGGCUUGCCUAGCACACUCAAGGCCAUGGGUUCAAUCCCCAGUGUCUGCAAAAACAAACAAAAACAAAAAUAAAAACAAAAACCCCAGCAUUGUUUUAAAUAAAGGAAAUAGUCUAAAUAUCCAAUGAUAAAGCAAUGACAUAGAAUAUAACUCAUCCAAACAAUAGGUUGACAAUUUUAAAAUGAGAUUUGCUUGGCAGAGAAAUGUGUUCACAAUAUGUUGAAUUAAAACAAAGCAGUUAGCAGUCAUAAUUUUAUAUUUCUAAAGUAAAUUAGCAUUUCCCACUGAUAUCUAAAUUUAUGGACAGGAAAAGGUUUACAGGAAUAAGAAGCAAAAUGUUUGUAGUGAUUAUCUCUGGGUUAUAGAAUCACAGGUGACUUUUUUAUUUCGUUGUUAUUUUUUAGCACCUAUAUUUCCUAACUUUUCUACAAUGAAUAUCUAUUUGGUAAUCAUUUUCAAAAGUGCCAUGCCAAGGAAUCUGAACCUUGCUCAUGAGGUGAUGUAAAUUAACUUUUUAUAAAUUAAAUAGUUGGAAAUGCCCCUGACCCCUCUGGCAAUGUGAGAUCCCAUUGGUAAGGUAGCAGAAAGACCCCUGACCUAUACUUCCUUUGCAAAUGCUGAUUUCCACGUCCCUUUCUGUGCAAGAUGGUGGCAAGCCAGCACGUGACAGGGAUGAGCAGGGCAGAGUUGAUCAAUUUGGGGCAUUUGUGGAUGAGCAAGUGAGGCAGCUGUCUGUGUUUAGCCCUGGGAAGUAAAAUUCCAAUAGAGGGUGGGAGGAGAAGGGGGUGAUGGACAUUGUUCUUCUGGUUUUCUUUGGGGGACAGCAAGCAAUUGGCGUCAAAUGUGUCCUGAGACCCCCAGCUCAGGCACAACUCAUGUCUACUCUGUAAACUUUCCUCCUAGGAAAAUUUGAUUGGUGCCCUCCUGGCGAUUUUCGGGCACCUUGUGGUCAGCAUUGCACUUAACCUGCAGGUGCAAUGGGGGAAGAAGUGUUCCUGCCUUGGAGGAGCAUCAGCCCUGGGGACAGCAGUGAGAGGAUAAAGGCCUGGCCCCCUCCCCCUUGUUCUUAGUGGUACUGAGCCCCAUGUUUCUGCAGGACCAUUUGGUCAUUAACACCGCCUCACCAGUUCUCUGUUCUCACUUCCCCUCCCCGACUUGCGAUUCCAGGAAGCAUGUCCCACAUAAACUACCUACCCCAAGUCCUUGUCUCCAGCACUGAGUUUGGGAAACUCAAAUGAAGUCUUGACCCAUGCUAAACAGGAUAAAUCUCAUAGCUAGCCUUGUCUUCACUCCAUCCCACUACCAGUUUCUAGGGGACGAAAGCUGCCCUCUCUCUGGAGCAGGCGUGGGACUGUUAUGCAUAUGGACGCAUGUGUGCCUAUACAUAUGUGCCAUGUGUGUCUCGGCUGCUAUAUGUGUGCAUGUGUGCACACGUUUGCACAGGUGAGAGUGUCUCAGUGUGUUCUGAGGCCACAUGGUCUCUUAGUUUUCGUGCAUCCUGCUCAUGAACCUCCGCUGAUGGCAGACUUCGUCUUGAGGAGGCCUAUAAGACUUAUUCUAGCCUUCCUUAGUUACUGCCUCCUUUUCUGUGUUACAAGUUCAUGUUUUCCAGAAAAAAAAAAUGCUGGCUGUGCUGAAGCUGAGUGUGUGCUCCAGGGAGGCAGGGUCCACUGCCACCCACACAACCGCCCAGCAGGGGCUGCCUGUCCUUCUACAGAAGAGACUGUGGCUGCAUCCAAAAUGUAGGGACUGUAGCCAAAGGGAGAAGAUCAGCUGAGGGCCAGGCCAAAGUGGACACCUAAGAUGACAGAUCCCACUCCAUACUGCACACUGCCUAUCAUGUGAAUUAGAAGUGCCUAUUUCUGAGCUGGACAUGGUGGUACACACUUGUAAUCCCAAUACUUGGGAGGCUGAGGCAGAAGGAUUGAGAGUGCAAGGCCAGCCUGGACUACAUAGUGAAUUCAAGGCCUGUCUGGGCUAUAUGAAGUACUGCCACAUCCGCCUGGCAGGCUCCAAGGACCCCCGGGCCUAUUUCAAGACCAAGACAUGGUGGCUGGGCCUGUUCCUGAUGCUGCUGGGAGAACUGGGCGUUUUUGCCUCCUAUGCCUUCGCCCCACUCUCACUCAUCGUGCCCCUCAGCGCAGUCUCUGUGAUAGCAAGCGCCAUCAUAGGAAUCAUAUUCAUCAAGGAAAAAUGGAAACCGAGAGACUUUCUGCGGCGCUAUGUUUUGUCCUUUGUGGGCUGUGGUUUGGCAAUUGUGGGUACCUACCUGCUGGUGACAUUCGCACCUAACAGCCAUGAGAAGAUGACGGGUGAAAACAUCACCAGGCACCUUGUGAGCUGGCCUUUCCUCCUGUACAUGCUGGUGGAGAUUGUCCUGUUCUGCCUGCUGCUGUACUUCUACAAGGAGAAGAACGCCAACAACAUUGUCGUGAUUCUCCUCCUGGUGGCCUUACUAGGCUCCAUGACAGUGGUGACAGUCAAGGCUGUGUCUGGGAUGCUGGUCCUGUCAAUUCAAGGCAAUCUGCAGCUCGACUACCCUAUCUUCUAUGUGAUGUUCGUAUGCAUGGUAGCCACUGCUGUCUACCAGGCUGCGUUCUUAAGUCAAGCCUCACAGAUCUAUGAUUCCUCCUUGAUCGCCAGUGUGGGCUACAUCCUGUCCACCACCGUGGCCAUCACAGCCGGUGCCAUCUUUUACCUGGACUUCAUCGGGGAGGACGUGCUGCAUAUCUGUAUGUUUGCCCUGGGGUGCCUCAUCGCCUUCUUGGGCGUCUUCUUGAUCACACGUAACAGGAAGAAGGCUAUUCCAUUUGAGCCCUAUAUUUCCAUGGACGCCAUGCCAGGUCUGCAAAGCAUGCACGACAAGGGGAUGACAGUCCAGCCUGACCUCAAAGCUUCUUUUUCCUAUGGGGCCCUGGAAAGCAAUGACAACAUUUCUGAGAGCUAUGCUCCUGCCACCCUGCCGGUCAUGCAGGAAGAACACGGUUCCAGAAGCAGCCCUGGGGUUCCCUACCGAGUCCUGGAACAUACCAAGAAGGAAUGAGCAGCCGUGCACCCAACUCACCUUCCCUGAUUUAUAACUGGGGUGAUUCCACCCUUCAUUCUACAACCUGCCUUUCAGUUCUGACAUUUUUACACUGAGAACUCUGUGGAAGGGGAUCCUGGGAAAUCUUUGUCUCUGGCAGGAUAUGUGACCUUGGUCUUGGAAAUUUCACACGGGGAAGGGGAGAGGGCAUGAAAGCAGUAUUCCAGGUGGGAAUGUGGAAUUCAGCCUCAGCCUGUUUGAGCCCAGCAGGGUUUGAAGUCUUUUUACCUCCUCAGUCAUGGUCACAGGGCCUCACCAGGCAAUGACCAAAGGUUGCCACAUUCUUCAGAGCAAAGGCAAGAUGGAGAUUCUGUUCUUCCUCAGAAGGCUGGAGACCUCCAAAGCUGGCCUUCCUCUGCCUCACAUGCACGCCUGUCUCUACCUAUUUCAUCUAUGAUUCUGAAUUCUUGACAAUAUCCGUGUCCCCUUUCAUGUGGCAUAGUGGGCCGACCCUGAGUGGAACAGGCAGUCACUUGCACCUGGGAGUAUCCGUCUACCCUCCCAGGGAGGACACACUGGUGUGUUUAUAUUAGACCUACUCAGAAAAUGAAUUUGAUUUGGUCCUGUGAGAACUACUUGAUUGCCUCCCACCAAAGGAAGUUAGGAGAAGACAGGGAAAAAUAACAGGGCUGGGGGAAGAGAGUGAUGCUUCAGCCCAGACAGGAAGCAAAAUCCCUCUUAAUCUUCCUGUGCAUUUGUGCAAAGGAUCAGAAGCUCCGGCUUCUUCUCCUGCACACCAGCGCCCUCUGAGAUGCAUUGGUGGGUGCUUGCUUCAGAGUCAGCCCUCCCCUGCCCACCUCCACUCUGUUUUCUCCUUUACAGACCCACAAAUCAAGCUUGAGUUGUCAGUUUACUUCCCUGGAGUCAGCCGAGUCUUUCGGGUCAUUGGCCCCAGCACUGUAGGCUGAGCGUGCAUUCUCACACACGGGGACCACCACUUUCUUUCUGACUGCUCGCAUCUGUCUCCCCCUGGACUAUAUGCUUUGAGGGGUGGCAGGUAACAUUUGCAAAGUGUAAUAAGCAUAAGGAUUCCCUAGGAAUUUAUUGAAAAUGCAGAGUCCUCACUCCAACUGCCGAGACGUGGUUCCGGGGGCCAGGGGUGAGGCCUGAGUGUGCAUUCUUUACUGAUACCAUGAGGGAUUCCUGCCGCUGAAGUCCCCAGGGACCCGCAUCCCCUUGCAGGAACAUUAGAAUCCCUGGUCCCAUGUCCUCUCCGGGUUCUCACUGCAGGUUGAAUAGCCUCAGAGGGUCUGUGGCAUUUCUCCACCCAGCAAGUACUACUGAGAACCGCACUCACUGCUUCCCUAGGCGGCCUGUAGCUAAUAGGCAAGCCGACAGUGUUAAUAGGCCAGUGUUGAUCGAUCACUUACCUUCAUAGAUUGUGCUUAGUACUGACUCAGCACCCGACUUUGAACUCUACCAUCUGCUGCCUGUGAUAACCAGGCAGUAAUUUUGGCAUCACAGGUGCUCCCUACCCUUUCCUUCCCUUUGUUGCUGUGGGCUGUGUAGCCAGGGCCAACCUCUCUGCUGAGCCGAGGGGGUAACUGCUCUGUGAUUUCAGGUGUGCUGUAGGUCAAGGGGACCGUGGCCCCCAGGAACUGCCCCUUGGGCCGGAGCAGCUCCACAGCCUUCAGGUUGGGGACAGAGGUGUCUGUCAACCUGCAAAGCUGAGCUGCAAGAGGGCUGAGAAGCUGUGUGACGGGUUCCUGAUUGGAGGCCGUGGGCCGCCAGGCACUCAUGCAUCAGGACAGCUGGUCAGAGCCAGACCCUUGGGUUGUGAGUCUGUCUUGGGUUCACUACUCCCAGGAUUUGUCCCCAGGUGGAUGUGGACCAUCCACUCAUGACAACCCAACACUGCUGUUAGGAUGGGGAAGGGGCACAUUGCCUUCCACCCUCAGCCCUGACUCUCCUCCCUCCUGCUCUGGCACCCUGAGCCCUGUUGAAGACUCCAAGUGACAUUAAAGGGAGUGCCUGCAACUCCCUCCCUACAACCAAGCAUCUACAGCAGGGUCCCCAAACUUGGGUUAGAUGUCAGUUCUCUGGUCUUUGGUCUUUCCCUCUGCCCCAGUUCUGUAAGCGGGGAUUCUGGGUUCCCGGGUUAGACGUCAGGACAAGUGUUUUGCAGAUGGUGCCAUGGAAGAUGGCAGCUGCUCCCCCACCUCAGUCCUGGGAAGCUGCAGGACUCUUCACUUUAAGCCUCGGGUUAUGGGAGAUGCAAUAUGGAGGCCUGGUGUCACCAUUGCUUUUUUCAUGCGGAUGGGCACAAGACAUCCAUCCUGUGUACAUUGGGGCCCGCCAUGCAGCCUUGUGAACUCCAAAUCUGGUCCAACACUGCUGACAGGCAGAAGUGGCUCAUGUGUCCCUCUGAGAAACUGUACACAAAGUCACUUUAGAGUAUAUUCUAUGUAGAUGCUUAUAUUUUGUGAACUUCAUGGCUAAUACGGCAUGCCUUGUUUUUCGGAAAACGUGUGUACUGUGUGUAGCAGGUGCAAAUAACAUUGCGAAGUGGUGUUUAAUUAAAUGACAUUCAAGCAUACUCACUGAGUUCGAGUCCUGUGUUUGGCUACCCUUUUCUACGGUUAUCUAGAGCAGCACUGCCUAAUAGACCCUUCUGUGGUGAUGAAGAUAUCCUGCGCUGGUGCCCUCCACCCGUGGUAGCCACUAUCCGCACGUGGCUGUCAGGCACUUUCAUUUCAAUUUCAUUUUCAUUAAUUUCAAUUUUGAAUGUCCACACAUAGCUGGUGGCCAUUGGGGUUAACUAUCCAGAUCUGAGAUGCCCAUGAUUCAGCUGAGACUGAGUUGAACACUUUUGAGAGCAGAAACUGCUAAUUAGCUGUGUAGCAUAGGGCAAGUUACUUCGCUUUUCUGUGCCUUGCCUAUAAACAGGAAGAAUAGCAACUACUUAAGGGUUAUAACAAAGAUCAGAUGAGUUAAUAGAUGUAAAGUCUUGGGACUGUGGCCAGCAUCCCAUCAGGACAUUGCACUAUAUUGAAGCAUGUUCCCCUCUUCAUUUAAAAUGCAUUCAUUUUUAAAUUAUAAGAAUGAACGCUGUGACUUUUCUUAAUUAAGCAAUUCUGUGCACCGUCUAUCCUGGGUUCCCAUUACAAAGGCAGGAGGUAUUGUACCUGUGUGAUUAUACCACACACACACACAGAUACUCAUACACUUACUAAACGCUGCAUGCCAAGUUAAGACUUCACUUGCAUCUCAUUUCUCCUCUACAGUUACCGAGGUAAGUUUUAAUCAUA